CGUCGUUUCGUGUAUUAAUAUUUCAAGCUUUUGAUAACAACGAAAUCAAGCGUUUACUUUUUUAUUUUGGACAAUGUCAAGAUUAUUUGGAAAUGCUGUUAAAUUCCGAGAUACAUUUGUUUUGCCUAAGUCAGCAAAACUACAAUGGUUUCCAGGUCACAUGAAGAGGGGAAUGGACCAGAUCCAGUCUUCUUUACGGGAAAUUGAUGCUGUAAUAGAAGUCCACGAUGCUAGAAUCCCGUUUUCAGGUCGGAACUCUAAUCUUAGACAGGUCAUUCACAUACGUCCUCACGUUCUUAUCCUAAACAAGUGUGAUCUUGCUGAUUUAUCAAGAAAGGAUGAAAUUGUAAAGAAAAUUAAGGGCGAAGGUGUAAAUAAUGUUCUGUUUACUUCGUGUGUUAGUAAACAUAUUACAAAAUACGUAAAGAAUGAUAUAAUUCCUAUGAUGUUACGAGAUGUCAAUGGUCGGGAAAGAUUCCGUACCGAUGUUUAUAAUCGAUACAACAUUCUAGUGAUAGGAGUCCCAAAUGUUGGCAAAUCAACUCUUCUAAAUAAACUGAUGGAAACAUAUACUAAAAGAAGAAAAUGUGCACAAGUUGGAGCUAUGCCUGGAGUAACAAGAUCUGUAAUGAAUAAAGUGAGGGUUAACUAUGAUCCAGACAUGUAUGUAGUCGACACGCCAGGAAUUUUGAAUGCACACAUACCAAACACGGAAAUGGGGAUGAGACUUGCACUGUGUGACUGUAUUCCUAAUCAUCUAGUAGGAAAGGAAGUUAUUGUUGAUUAUUUAUUAUUCUGGUUGAAUAAACAUAAGAAAUUCUCCUAUGUUGACCAGUAUCAAAUGUCUAGUCCUACAGAUGAUGUGAUGGAUUUUAUGAUGGCUGUGGCAUUGAAAAACAAGUUUCUACAGCCUUAUAAAGACGGUUCAAAUUCUACACAGACUAAAUACAAAAUUAACUUUGAAAAGACAUCAAGUUUUAUAAUCAAAGAAUUUCAGAGUGGAAAUUUUGGGAAAGUUAUGUUUGACGAUGAUUGCCUUACUUGAAGAUUCUGCUUCUGUUUCAAGGCAGUUUUUAAAUUCAACUUGACUAUUUAAAGAGUAUACAAAUACUCCCUUUCUUGGAAAGAUAACUUGAAAAAAUAGGAUUGUAUCUGUCCCCCUUUUUUUGCCUAAAUUUGUUUCAGUUUUUAUUUUCUUUAAUCAUGCAAAGUUUAAGAAAUUGUGUUCACUAGGUAAAAUAAAAUGUUUCAUAAAUAUAAAGGUAUGAAUAUUCAAGGGGAAGAAAUUACAUGUACAGGAAACAUCUUUGAAGGUCAUUGUAGGUCUCUUACAAAGACCCAUAACUCUAGCAGUCAUUUAGACUGAAUUAUACCUUUUGGUGAACUGAAAAAAAAUAUAGGUCAAGUUUUACCUGCAAAUUUUAUCUUAAGCACCAGGUAAUGUAUUCACUUUGUCUUAUAUUCACACAUGUCUCCUGGUUCAUCAUUGUAGGACACUGUCCAAGAACCAUUACUCUUAACAGGCAUACAUUUUCAUUGAAAUAUAGCUUUAUGUGAAGAUUCUUAGAUAAAGUAUCAUAUGCAAGCUAUGUGCUUAUAAAAAAGUAAUAUACAGUGUUUACUUUUAACUAGGAAUUUUUGUACUCCCUAUUUAUCUUGGUUUGAUAUAUCAACAUUUAUAAGAAAAAAGUAAACACACUGUAUGAUUAUAUGAAUAAUGUAUUCUUUUGUAAUGUGAUGUAUAAAAAUUUGAAAUACA